AUGGCUACCGCUCGCUCAACACGCAGUCCAUCAUUCGAAUCGCACGCAGAGAUGGACACGGACAACGAGGACGGUCCGAGAGGGUCGGAGGACGCGGCGAAGGGUGCUACGACGGCUAAGAAGGGGAAGAGCAAGGCGAGCAAAGGACAGGACAGGAAGGCGCAGAACCGCAUCGCUCAGCGCGAGUUCCGUCAACGGAAACAAGCCUACGUCAAGGAACUCGAGGCCAAGGCGGCGAUGAUGGAGAUGUCGCGCGACGAGCAGUUCAACCGCUUCAGCGAAGCGUUCCGUACCCUGCUCGAGGAGAACCAGAAGCUGCGCACGCUGCUGCAGACAUUGUCGGGCUUCAUUGGCGAAGGACUGGGCGGAGCGCUCGCAAAGAUCGGGACGGACUUGCCAGAGUUCCAGGACUUCAUCACACGAAAUCGCAUUGACACGGCGACUGAUGCACUGCGACUUACGAAACCGCAUCCAGUAUCUGCGCCGGCUCGCCAACAUUCGCACCGGAGCAACGAAUCGCCUGUACGAGACGGAGACCCUCCGUUGAAGCAACAACAGGUUAACGGCUUGUCAACGACAACCGCGGACUUGGCAUCUCAAGGUCUCCCCGAGUCGACCUACGCCCACGCUUCAACGAGCAGCCACCCUCAUCCUCCUCAACCUUUCUGCCCACCGCAACCUCCGCUACCCUAUCCUCCUCAACUCAGUACGAGCGCACCUCCAAGCCAACCACCGCAACCCCAGUACCCCUACGAAGCCGCCUUUUCCACCUCCUUCGAUGCAUCUCCCCCUUUCGCCUUCGCACCCGAUCCUGCCGUCUCCGGCCCGCCACUGCCCGACCCGCCCUAUGCUACCGAGCAGUCUCGCCUCCAUCCAAUCGACACUUCGAGCACAGCGCUCCAGCAUGAAGGCCGCGGGAGCAUUCCCCGGACAUGCGACCUAACGCCCGAGCAGAGUGCCGAGAUCCUUGGCAAUCUCGUGCAGGGCGACCUAGAUCUCGCUCAUUCCAAGAUGGCCGACCUUCUACCCGCUAACGACACAGCCUUCCAAGCAAUCCAGCUAAUUGCCUACCACAUGCGUUGCAAACGCGACAACCCCGCCUACACUCUUCCACCCUCCCUCACGCUCACGAACCUCCAGCGCUCCGUGCCUCACCCGCCCUUCUUCGACGGCAUCAUCUGGCCUUCCCUGCGCGACCGCCUCAUCCUCCUCAAGGACCAGUUUGCGUUGCCGACCUUGAUCGAGGACUUCUGCAAUGGCGUGUCGGUGAACGGGGACGACUCGCUCGCUCCAGAGGCGUGGGAGCUGAGCGAGGAUUUCGUCCGCAAGUACUGGUACAUCGUCGACCAGGAGACGCUGCAGAUAACGAACAGGUGGCGGAAAGAGCGCGGCGAGAAGGAGCUUUCCCUAUCGGAGCUGAUACCCAGGGCCGCCUAG